AUGGCGGCAGGAGACACGCUGAGAAGGCGGCCGGAAGCGGGAGCGGGAGGCGGGCGUCUCGAGGACGGCGCUCGGGGCGGCAGUCAGCGAGGGCGCCGCUCGGGGCGGCAGUCAGCGAGGGCGCCGGCGCUGUCUCCGACCGGCGAGUUCAGCUGGGUCCGCUGCGGGGCCUCUUCAGACGGCGGCGGGAGCUUCUCGAAGGCGGCGAGCUUCCUCAGGCUUCAGGCGGAGAUCAGCGAGGAGAUGCAGACCGGGGAGGUCUGUGGCCGAGCCGUGACUGUUGUGGACACACCAGGACUCUUUGACACAAGCCACAGCAAUGAAGAAGUUCAACAGGAGAUCAUGAGAUGCUUUGAACUAUCAGCUCCAGGACCACACAUGUUUCUGCUGGUCAUCGCCGUCGGCCCGAUCACACAAGAAGAGAGAGAAACACUUCAGCUCAUCAAGAUGACCUUCGGACAGAAAGCAGAGGCCUACACUAUGGUGCUGUUCACACGGGGAGACGAUCUAACAGAUCAAAGUAUUGAAGAUUACAUUAAAGAAGGAGAUCCACAUGUCCAGAAACUGAUCCAUGACUGUGGAGGAAGAUUUCAUGUGUUCAAUAAUAAACAGAAGGACCCUGAUCAGGUCGAGAGUCUGUUAAAGAAGAUCAAUAAGAUGAUGUGGAGUAAUAAACAAACUUUCUACAAUGACAAAAUGUUUCAGGAGGCAGAGAGAGCAUUCAGACUCAUGCAGAACAAUAGAGAGAGAGAAGAGGAGAGCAGACGGCAGAUGGAGGCCAUUAAAGCCAAAUAUGAGUCUGAAAUCAAAGAAAUGAAGGAGAAACUAGAGGAAGAAAAAGCAAAAAAAAAGGCAAUGGAGGAAUGCAAUCAGAAGAUGGAGGAGAUCAAGAGAAAAUACAAAGAGAUUGAAGAGAUUCAUGCUGCAGAACUCAAGAAAUUGAAAGAAAGAAAUUCUGAUAACAUUACUGCCUGGAAUAAGACUCAUGGAAACUGUGUGCUUCUGUGA